AUGUUCCGCAGAAAGAGAAGCACAUCUCGUCAUCAGCCUCUCUCCACGGUUAAUUCACAGUCCGCCCAGUCCGCUGCCACCCAUGCCUUCCUUAAAUCCCAACCCUCCUCAAGCAGCCUGUCUUCUGCUGCGGCGGCGGCUGCUCUACGAAGUCUCACACCUACCCCGACGCCCGUCGAAAAUGUCCAGACAAAGAGAAUGAUUCAAAGGCGGGCCUCCGUAACUUCGCAAACCAGCAUGACGGGUAGCCUCCGUCCAGCCAGCAGGACAGCCCUUCGUCGCAGCAAUAGCUCAAGCUCCAUGAGCAACAGAACGUUCCGAGAACAAUCUCCGCGCCGACCGGCUACCAGUAACGGCCAAGUGGAUGUCGUUCCGCCCUUGCCCUCCAUGCCUCAAGGAUUCGGAGGCCGGAAAAAUCCUGGUCGACGCUCCGUCAGCCUGGAGCCAAGCGUGCGGUUCAAUUCCUCGCCCACAAAUAAGACGCCGGGUCGCGGUAUGAGUGUCGACAGGUCGCUGCGAUCGCCGUCCAGCCAGUCACCCCUCCAAUCCCAACCAUUGUCUACCGUUCCUGAGCUCGAACGAACAAGCAGUCGGAACUCAAUCAAUUUCUCAUAUCCGAUGAAUGGUCGACCAACUUCCCCAACUGUCUCGCGUCCGUUUUCCACCCAACAUGAGGCCUUGGCUAACGUGUCGCUCAAUCAUGAGCUGUCACCCGCCACGUCCCCGAAUGCUCGGGUAGCGAAAAGCCAGGAAAUGAAGAAGACAGCUGGGCUCGUUACCGGAAGCCCCGGGAGGACUGCCUCUUCUGUUGGUACCGCUGUCGCAGCUGCACAGGCUGCUGUGGUACCCAAAUCCGAUGGAACGGGUCACUCUCCUCUGGCCAGUCGCUUCGUCAAUCAUCGAGAAGCGGCCACUAAUACACAUGCGCAGAGUCAGGCCUUGCGACAAGUAUCCUCAUAUGCGACGGGACCUAAGCAGACACCUACCGUACCGGAAGAAGACCCCCAGGGUGAAGAACGCGCGGGACCUGAUGGAAUCGGGAGCCGCUUCAAUCAUCCGCGCGGUGGAAGUGCUUCGCCUAUCGACGACUUUGUGCCCAAUUCUUUGGAGCACUUGUAUGCAGCGGAACCUUCAAUUAUCAGAACGCCAGCCACACCGGACGACAAGGAUGCACGCCCUACUUACCCUGUCCAUUCCGCGGAGUUAAAUGAAUCGGCAAGGCUAGAGAAUGGGCUACAGCAAUCCCCCAUCCGUUAUUCCAGCAGCAGCCCGGGUAGAUCUGCUCGAUUUUCAUCUCAACUUGCAGUCACUGGAAUUGCUGAGCAUCAACCUCCUCCGAGAUCCGUUUCACCGGUCAAAUCAGCGCUGAAGAAUGCGCGGAAAAGCUCAUUGUCUCCUGAUGGGAGAAAUGGAGGUAUUCUCCGUCCAGGCCCGUCAAUCAGUGAGCUAUCCGACGCCACUUCUGUGGCUUCAGACGAUGGCUCCAGACUAGGCUACCGUAGGAAGCCUGUCAAGGUAAGCUUUGACGAUGAUACCGAAAUUGUUGGAGUUGCAGCGAGUCCGCCGACCUCACCGGAGGAACUAACCCCCGAGCCCCCUGAAAAAUUCAGGGCCAGAACUGGAUGGUUCGGGGUAGGUAAGCGGAAGACAUCACAACGGGAUACCGUGCGUCCUAAUGAGUUCGAUGAGGUUUUGAAGCCCCGACCUGCUCUCCCAUCUUUUGGCAGUAUAAGAGGACGCCGAGAGGACGAACCUGAGCCCGCCCAGCCGGACUUCAGUGACAAUGAGUCUACUGCCUCGUCUGAGUUCGAUGCAGUGGUCUCCGGCUGGUCUGUCUCAACUGACCAUCCCGUCCAAGGCAUCAUGUCCCACCCUUCCGUAACAAAUCAUCCAUCUGACACAGAAGUCGGUCGCAUUGCCCUCGUUGAGCCCUCUGAAGGACCUAGCGGCCAAACGAAUAAUGAAGUAAGACAAGAUGGUGACUUAGUCCAUGAGCCGGCGUCUCAAGCUUCUCAGGCUCUGAAACUGUCGGUAGCGGAUGCACACUUAAUGCGAGAGCAGGGACCAUUAAUGACUCCAGAUGUGGAGUUAGCGCUACAGGGUAUGGUGGCCCAGACAACCUCACCUGGUGCCGAAAAAGGGCGUUCAAGUCUUGAGAUAUACAGAGUUCCCGGUGGUUUUCCGCGAACCUCGUUAGAACAUGAGCCCAAAGCUGCUAGUAGAAGGAAAGGCAAGAGGAGAUCACGUGGCAAGUCUAUCGACGAAAAUAUGCCGAAUGGCAAGGAGAGCGGUGACGAGUCAGGGGAAAGUAUCUACAGCGACGCCGAGGAGGGCGUAGAUGGUGAUGGCUUUGGCUCAAUCAAUGCUAUCGUGGAUGCCCGGAUAGCUCAAGGUAAAGAUGGCCGGCCUGUUGAUUCUCUCCUCAACAACACAUUCUCCAAAGACGACACUCGCGGAUUCGGAGCUAAGUCCACCAAUGGAGCGGCGAACAGGCUCGAAGAGUCAAGUCAGGCCGAUUGCGCAGCAACUCCCGCGCAAGCGCAACCUGCCGACUCUCCCACCUCCGCACAAGCAUUUUCUACACGGUCUACAGUUCAGACGCAGACGACCGCCAAAGACAUACAUUCGUCCGCACGCGCGAGUCAAGCGAAGAGGCCCAUGUCAACCAUAGUAUAUAGUGAUUCAGGGCUUCGUGAUGUUGUUGCAAAGGAUGGCUCAUUACGCGACCUAUCGGGCAACGGCACCUCUGCUUUACGUCGAGCCGAUUCUGAGCGGGCCAAAAAGAGGCCUGUGUCAUUCGGGCCGGUCAUCCAAAAGGAAAUCGACCCAGCGCCUUCUAGCGAGAGACUUAUCAACGGCAGAACGCCCCGCGUGCCUCAAAGGAGGAUGUCUACCGGAAGUGACUCAUCCAGCAGUUUCAUAAGGUCCACGCGCCGUGCCAAAAAAGGUGGGCAGCAUACCAUGCGUCGCACCAUGCGGGAAGGCCCUCCGACCCGCGCCAUGCCGCCGUCUCCCGGCCGGGCAUCAUCCCCCACAGUAGAAAGUCGGCCUCUUUCUUCAGGGUCGGUCACAGGUACCAUGCGCACUACAUUGCGGAGUGGACCCAAGAACGACAAGACUCCGAGCUUCUUCUCUAGCAGGUCUUCGAAACCGAAGGCUACCAAGACAGCUACACCUCGUUUCGUAUCACGAUUCCCAGAUUCGGAUGACGAAGAUGCUGAUUUCCGGCAGCGGAAACUUCAACGUCGAUACGAUGAUUCCAGUGACGAUGAGCAAGGCCGCGUGAUGCACACUCUACGCCCGGUUCGCGGCAUUCCUCGACGGCAGGGCACAAACGACGGCGAUUCGACGGAACUGGAAGAUAGCUCUGAGAACGAGAGGCCGGCCACCCCUGCACCAGCAGCUGCCUCCAAGAAACCUGAUCUUCCUUCGCACGACCCAGGACUUGCUGCAGUGGCCAGGUCCCGUGGAAUGACAGAGGAGGAGCUGGAUGAGUUCCUCCACCGGCCGGCUAAGGGGCGAGUGUCUGGGAUUCUGGGCCGGUUCACUUUGAAGAAAUCCAGGCCACCCAUGGAACACAAGGCCUCCAAGUCCAACCCGGAGGACCUUGCUCACAUGCGCGACGAGAAUUUGCUGAAUCCCGGUCGGGGAACAACAGUCACAACCGUCACUGCCAACCAGUCCGGGACUUCCCCUUCGAAGCUCACCAAGGGAGGCUUGAAGAAAGCGAACGGGAACAGCUGGCCAAUGGACUCUGGGCACAAAGGGUCAGAAGCCGCAGCGGAUGCUGAAACUGUGGCAGAACAGCACCCUGUAGCGACCGAUGCAUAUGGAGACGGAAGUGCAUCUAUUGCCCGCCAUAGUGAGCCCACCGCAAGCGACAGCGCAAUCAAUAUGCAAAGCUCCGAAGCCACACCUCCGCGCGAGGAACAACACUUCACUAACAGCAAUGGCAAUAAUAACGUCAGCGCAAAGGAUAUCGUCUUCCCACAGGGAGGGCGGAAGAAACGGUUUCCUCGUCUCCGAAAGGCAUUCGGCAUGCGCAGCUAA